UUUGAAGCUUUGAUUUUUUUUUUAGUUUGAAAUGAUCUGUUAGUUUUUUUAUUGAAUAAUAUUAGCCGGAGGAGAUUUUAAAUGACGGAGGUUUGUAGCAGAAUGUGGAGCGAUGAAGAUGAUGAUACGUCGGUAAAGUGCCGGAAACGGCGGAGGAGGAGGAUCGAGUUGAGGAGGCAUGCGGCAAUCUCAGCGUCCGGUGCUGGAGCGUUGCGGAGUCCGGGCCAAACGGAGGGUUCUGGAGAGAGUUCGGAUUACGUUCGCGAGGGGAAGCGGAUGCGUAUGCUGGAGGUCGCCGGCGAUAUGGUAGUGGCUAACGGUACGCAUACUUCUUCCGGAGAGGAGGAAUCGACGGCGGUGAAGACGAUAGCAGAUUUUAGUAACGGGCCGGUUUACGGGACGAUGUCGAUUUCCGGGAGAUCACGUGAGAUGGAGGAUGCCAUUUUUGUACGGACUGAACUCUGCCGGCCUGAUGUAAAUCUUAGGAGACCGGUUCAUUUCUUCGCUGUUUACGACGGUCAUGGUGGUUCUCAUGUGGCAGCAAUGUGCAGGGAAAAGAUGCACGUGUUAGUAGAGGAAGAGUUGAUGCGCGUGAAUUGCAACGGAGAGAGCGAUCGUGGGAAAGACAGCAGGUCAGUGGAGGAGAGCUGGAGAAGCGCUAUGAAAAGAAGCUUCGAGAGGAUGGAUGUAAUGGCAACGAGCACUUGCGCUUGUGGAAGCGUGGGACACCGCUGUGGGUGCCACUCUAUGGAGGUGGCCCUCGGUGGGUCCACCGCCGUGAUAGCCCUGUUGACGCCGGACCACAUAGUGGUCGCCAAUUGCGGUGACUCACGCGCCGUCCUCUAUCGAGGCGGGAAGGCCAUUCCUCUGAGUUUCGAUCAUAAGCCGGACAGACCCGAUGAACUUGCACGUAUUGAAGCAGCUGGAGGUCGGGUUAUCUUUGUAAAUGGAGCUCGAGUUGAAGGCAUUCUUGCCAUGUCCAGGGCAAUAGGAGACAAAUACCUGAAACCGGUUGUAACAUCAGAACCGGAGAUAACAUUCACAAAGAGAGAACCCGAAGAUGAGUGCUUAAUUCUCGCAAGCGAUGGUUUGUGGGAUGUCUUAUCUAGUGACAUGGCUUGUGAAGUGGCUCAUGAAUGCCUUAAAGAAGGAAGCAAUGGUGCGUUGAACCCAACACAAAAAGAAGAAGGGGCUGAACCAUUAUAUCCGUCUCGCAGCGUGCUUGCCGCCACACUGCUUACUCGGCUGGCUUUGGGACGAAAUAGUUCGGAUAACAUCAGUGUCAUAGUUGUUGAUCUAAAGAGGAGCUGAACAACAAACGGAAGUGGAAGUAUAACCCAAAAUGUUUAUAUGAACCUUGCAAGUAAAUAACUAAUGCAUGAUUCAUGAUGAUAGAAACACAUGCAUAGAUAGUUGCAGAUGGUAAGAUAGAAUUGAAUUUGGCACCAAAUUUAUGUUAGG